AUGCUUGGCCACCAUAGUGAGAGGUUGCCUAUUGCCUUCGGAUUGAUAUUCAUUCCUCGUCAUUGUCCUAUAAGAGUAGUUAAAAAUUUGAGGGUAUGCAGGGAUUCUGAUAAUGCUACUAAAUACAUCUCAAAGAUAACUCAGAGGGCGAUCCUUGUUAGAGGUGCGGUCAGGUUCCAUUUGUUUGAGGAUGGAGCUUGCUCUUGUCGGGACUUUUGGAGGGUUCUUUCAUUAUCCAAAAUUGUGACUAUAUGUGUCACUUAACCUGGAUUAAAUUAGCCUUGCACAAGGAAUUAUCUUACUCCAAAAGGAUCGUCAAAGUCAUCAUGGAGCAGUCCGUUCAGCUACAGAUGGUGGUUGGAAAAGAACAAGUUAAAGUGGAAGGCACAUUGGAUAACUAUCUUCAACUUUAUGGGAAUCAAAAGAAAAUGAAGAUUACCUGCAACUCUCUGCAGAUCUCAAUUACUUCUGCCAUAGGAGCCCAGUCACCAAAGUUCCUCUCAACAAACUGGUUUCCACCACCAAGAGCCUUGAAGAAGUCCAUACCU